CCGCGAUGGUCGGCGGCGGAGUCAGUCAGUGAACAGAGACAUGGAGUCGCGGAGGGUCAGGGGGGAGAGUAACACGGACGGCAUGGCUGAAAGGGCGAGGGGGACAGUGACGUCACUGGCGUCGAUGUUCCCGGCGGAGGAGGUGAGAAAGGCGGCGGAGCGGGUGGAAGAGGCAAUCGCGGAGAAGCGCAAGGAGGUGGAACGCUUUCGGGAGUUCAUCUCCGACAACAGCAACCUCGUCAACCUCGUCCAGAAGCUCCCCGAGGAGCUUCAUCACGACGUCAUGGUUCCCUUUGGAAAAGCUGCUUUCUUUCCGGGUCGUUUGAUUCACACCAAUGAGUUCAUGGUUCUCCUUGGAGAAGGUUACUUUGUCGAAAGAACUUCCAAACAAACUGUUGAGAUUCUCAAGAGGAGAGGAAAAUAUUUAGAGUCCAACGCCAACGCUGCAAAGGCUGUGGUAGAGGACUUGAAAGCGGAGGCUUCUUUUUUUGGUAGCACAGCUUCUGAACUUGCGGAAGACCUUGUGGAGAUACGAGAAGAACUUAGUGAUGAAGAAUCUGAUGCAAGUGUACCAGAGUCAGGGCCACAUGAGCAAGGCUCUAAUUCUUAUGAAGGAUAUAAAGGGAAAGUUCCAAAUCAAGAUGAAGAAUAUGCUCGCAUCAUGGCCAGGUUGGAUGAACUAGAGAAAGAGGAACUGGCUGCUGAAAGAGCUGAUGAUUAUGAUGAGGAAGACACCAUUCCAGCUGAUUCUGAUAUUUUUCCAGAGAAAAGUUCUUUUUCUGAUGAGAAGUCAACAGAUUCAAUGUAUUCUGGGCAGAAUCUAGCGGUGCAGUCUAAAGAUAGGCAUGCAAGUACUGAAGAAAUCCUGGGUAAAAGGCAAGAAGAUCCACAUUUUCUUGAACAAUUAAACGAUUCCAUGGAGCAGUUGGAUGGCUUAAAAGUGCAAUCUCCACAAAAAGGUGAUAAAUCAUCUAUGGAAAUACAAAAGUCGAAGCAUGAUAUGAAUACUUCCAGGAUUGCUGAGGUGGAUCCAGUGCAUUCUGCAGUGAAGGAGAGCAGACAGGUUCCUCCUUUGCAGAGCUCGAAACCAAGCCAUGACAGUCUCAAGGCUUUUACGGGUUCUAUCAUUGAGCAUCCUGUCAAUUUACCAAUGAAACCAGGUCAACAGUCUGGAACUUCAUCACAGGUAGAAUUGCUGAUUUCUUUGUCCUCUCUUCCCUCUCCCUCUAUGCUUUUCUUUUAUGCUAUAGAUAAUCACAAUGAUCAUGUAUCCUCCCAGCGCAUUCGCUUUACCCAUUUGUCUAACCUUUUCAGGCUUCUGGUUCUGAACCUACUAAACCUGUUUCGCGGUUCAAGAUGCGGAAAAGAUAGCUGCUUGCAAGCUCAUUUACCUGCGUCAAGAACACUCAUAUGGACUUUAUUAAGUCUCAUGAAUAUAAUCGCAUUCAAAUGGUUAUAUUAUAAAUAUAUCAAAACUUUCUUGUCCUUCUCGAGCAGUAUAUUGGGUUUUUCGUUUUGCCCAAAUUCCGUAUAUAUUGCUAAUCUAUGAUGAAUUAACAGUGGAUGACUGAUCUGUGAUGAAUUAACAGUCGAUGAGAUGAAACAAAGAAAUCUUAUUUGC